AUGAUCAUGCGCGGUGAGCUGUUCGUGAUUUUGGCAGCCUUCGUGGCUUGUGCCAUGGCUGACUCAUCUGACUCUAACGAGCACUACGAUGGGUACCACGUAAGUCACCACGACGGGCCCUACGGAAAGCGCCACAGCGAUUCCGGCUCCGAUGAACACUACGGUGGCCACUCUUCCAAGCGCUACAAGAAGAAGCACUACAAAAAGUACGGCAAGGCCAAGGGUCAUCGCAGGUCGGACUACUACUCGCAGUACCACGCACCUGCACCUGUACACGCACCUUACCCUGCCUACCACGGGGGUUACGUGCCAGUUCAUUCCGGACAGACCUUUUACCCCGUUUACCCCCAGCCUUAUUAUUGAAAUUGAUUAGUCGAGCGAUGAUGCAUGAAACCAUGGACACUGGAGAAAUGUUGGAAGAGCGACACCAAGCGGAGGAUGAUGAACAUAGUGAGCGUUGAAUAUGGCUGGACCAACACUGCCGAUGAGAAGCUUUGGAAGGAGAAGACUUCCAAGUUGGAAAUCAAUCUCUUUCUCAAAUAAUUUAUUUGUAAUAUUAUGCGGAAAUGCGAAGAAAUUGUCUGUGAGACUUUGGAUUUCAUUUAGUGAUUGAUUGUUGAACAAAACGGCUGGUUGUUGAAACAAAGAAACUUCCCUGAAAAAUA